AUGCUGGAUUUUUCUUGUUAUCUAUCUAUCUAUCUAUCUAUCUAUCUAUCUUAUUCUUUUAAUAUCCACCUAAGUUUCUAUCUAUAUAUCUAUCUAUUCUAUUUUAUUCUAUUCUAUUCUAUUUCUCUCUUUCUAUCUAUCUGUAUCAGUGCUGUCUGUUUAUAUGUAUCUAUAUAUCUGUCUGCCAUAAUUUUUUCAUAUAUUAAAAUUUAUUCAUAUCUAUCUAUCUAUCUCAACCUGUUCAUAUCUAUCUAUCUAUCUAUCUAUCUAUCUAUCUAUCUAUCUAUCUAUCUGUCUGUCUGUCUGCCUGUCUGUCUAUCUCCGCCUGUUCCUAUCUAUAUAUCUAUCUCUUUCUAUUCAUAUCUAUCUAUCUAUCUACUAUCUAUCUAUUUAUCUAUCUAUCUAUCUAUCUAUUUAUCUAUCUAUCUUCUUUCUAUUCUAUUAAUAUAUACACAAUUCUAUCUAUCUAUCUAUCUAUCUAUCUAUCUAUCUAUCUCAAGAUUCUGUCUCUCUAUCUAUCUAUCUCAGCCUGUUCAUAUCUAUAUAUCUAUUUCAGCCUGUUCAUAUCUAUCUAUCUAUCUAUCUAUCUAUCUAUCUAUCUAUCUAUCUAUCUAUCUAUCUAUCUAUCUGUGUGAAACCCUUUUUUUAAUCCCCAUAUGCCUCUUACCCGUUUCCUACUUUUCAAAAACUUUUCUCACUUCUUCCAAUUCUUUGCAGACUAUAAGGGUCGACGCCAGGGUCAACAUUUACCCACCUAAAAAGCCGUCUUACCUACCACAGAUGGCUUCCGGCACAUAA